GGAGGGAGGGAGAGGAGUACAGGUUGUGAUUGUCGUCAUUCCUGUUCCAAAGCCUUCUUCAUCACCACCAUAACCACAAGCAAGGCUUUCCCCUUCAAAGUCACGCUUAACACUUCAGCCUUACUCGCAUUUCAUCCCCCCUUUGUUCACUGAUGACGACCAAGACAAAGACGACGACGAUGGGCCACAGCAAAAGGUCUUUUUCGUCGGACAGUGAGUCGGAAGACGCCAAGCCCACACUCAAGUCCUGUGGCGCUCGCGUCGAGGAAGACCGCAAGACUAGCAUGAUGCCAACAAAGAAGAAAGCCAAGAAAAUCACCGAGUCGCCGAGCAAACGAGCAGCUUGGACUUCGGAUGAAGACAUAAGGGUUAUCAAGGAAGUGCUGGGUGACACGAUGCCCACGCUGCGCUCUGAGUCCGUCAAGAAGCUUGCCAAGGAGCUGGGUCGGUCCGAAGCUGCCAUCAAGAUUCGCUGGUGUACCGCCAUCAAGCAAAGACUCUUUGGAAGCUCGGACUCGUGA